AUGGCAACUCUGUCCCAGCUUCGCGCGGGCGAGCGGCAGUUCGCGCUCUCGUGGGGCCGCGCGCUGCGCCCGGCGGGCGCGCCGGCCGUGGCGGUGGCGGUGGCGGCGCAGCGGCUGGCGGGCCGCGUGCAGGUGGCGCCGCGGGCGCAGUUCGAGGCCACGCUGCUCUCGGUCGUGCACGCCUCCGAGCCCGUGGACGCCGCGCGCCUGGACGAGACGCUGGCCCGGCUGCGCGACGCCGCCCGCCGCGAGAUGGCCGAGCUGCUGCAGCUGCGCGCCGACGACCUGGUGCAGGAGCACCGGCGCGCCUGGGCCGACCUGUUCAUCUCAGGGGUGGAAAUGCGGAAGAUCACCGACGCCCACACCCCCUCCAGCGACACCGUCAACAUGACGCUGUACUACGUCCUGUCCACCACCCCGGCUCCGCUCCUCGACCCCCUCCUCAGCAGCGAGGAGAGGGAGAAAAUGGAGGCCGCCCUGAACUACGCCGACCACUGCUUCAGCGGCCAUGCGACGAUGCACGCCGAGAACCUGUGGCCCGCCCAGCUGUCGACGGUGCCGCAGGUGCUGCAGCUCGCCAACCUGUGGAAGCUCACCCUGCAGAAGCGCGGCUGCAAGGGCCUGCUGGCCACGGGGGCCCACGGCGUCAUGCAGGGGAUGGUGCUGAGCUUCGGGGGGCUGCAGUUCACCGAGAACCACCUGCAGUUCCAGUCGGACCCCGACGUGCUGCAGAACAGCUACUCGCUGCGCGGGAUCCACUACAACCAGGACCUCAUCAACCUGGCCGUGCUGCUGGACGCGGAGGGGAAGCCCUUCCUGCACGUGUCCGUCAAGCCCCAGGAGAAGCCGGUGAAGCUGUACGCCUGCGAGGGGGGCUGCGCCAACGACCCCGUGGAGCUGACCUCGGAGCCGCACGGCCACACCUUCCCCGUCAUGGUGACCCAGCCCAUCACGCCGCUGCUCUACAUCUCCACGGACCUGGUCCACCUGCAGGACCUGAGGCACACGCUGCACCUCAAGGCCAUCCUGGCCCACGAGGAGCACAUGGCGAAGCAGUACCCGGGCCUGCCCUUCCUCUUCUGGUUCAGCGUGGCCUCGCUCAUCACCCUGUUCCACCUGUUCCUCUUCAAGCUCAUCUACAACGAGUACUGCGGCCCGGGGGCCAAGCCGCUCUUCCGGAGCAAAGUCUAGGCCCCGCUCGGGCCUCGCGUGCCAGCACCUCGGUGGACUGCGCCUGCCUCCUCGGCCCCGGACGUAGGAAGCCUGCACAGGAGCGUGGAGUGCCCUGCGGACGACCGGCGUGUGGGGGUGUCCACACGCGGGGGUGUCCCUAGGUAGGAGGCCACAAGAUUUGGACGGGAAGUCUCGAUCCAGGAGGGGUUGCUCAGCAGCAAGGGUGAAGGGGUGGGGGGAGCACCGUUUGCGCCCGUGCAAGAAGCAGAACGGGGUAGCUGGGUGCACAGCACCCCCAUUCCCACGGGGCUCUUCCCGGACCACCGUUGUCUUGGGGUGCCGGUGUAUGAAGUCAGCACGCCCACCAGUGUCCGAGCUCACAGCUUGAGGGCCCAGAGUAGACGGGGACGGGUUUGGUGAAGAGGUCGCUUGAGCUACCAGGAAGCAGUUGGUGGGGGGGCUGGACUGCUUCAUAAUUGGAGUUGGGGGGCACCGCUGGGACUCCCAGAGGCAGGCAGAAGUCCUUUCCUCCUCUACUGCAGUCUCGUCUUGAAGGACAGGAGACUGAAGUGUUCAGUGUCUCGCGAUGAUAGCAGAGUAAACAAACCUGGAGGAAGGCAGUAGCCCAUGUUCCUUGGAGACAGGGAGGAUGGGAGCUGAACCGGAGGAGAGCUGCCACCCGCACGGCAGGGCGUCUGAGGUCUGCACAGCCCGCAAGAGGAAUGUUGUGGUGGUGCCGUGGGCUGAGGAAUUUAGUUCACUGGCUCUGAAGGCCAGGCGUCAGUGUGAGCAGGAACGGGGGAGGGAGAUGGUCCUUCGAGCCCACGAUGGAGCAAACCCAGCCGGAAGCCGGGUUGCCCCUUCCUUGAGAUUUCUAAAAGUUCAACGGCGGGGCCGGUGCACUUUGCAUCGCGUGUGUAUACUACUGAAUUCCCGCAUUUCCCGGUUCGCUUCUGUGCUUGUCCCGCUCCUGAAAAACCCGGGACUCCCCCAGCAAUCUUCCCCUGGCUUGCCACGCUCGAGAAGUGUUGGGACUUCAUUUCCCACCAUUCCCAUUAGCCGUGCGGAAUGAGAAGGAUGGGCCCCGCAGUCCCAACAUGUGGCGAGCCCCAGGGAGGACAGGUGUGGCGCUCAGCCACCCCACAAUGCAGAGCUGCCGUGGCACAUGGAAAGUGUGCUGGCUGGUGCUCGAUCCUGCAUGGAAAGACUCCAAGAGCAGCAGCCCUGCAGGGUCCCCUUGACAGCUCGCUGCGCGGGGUGACGCCCCUUGGGGGGUCCCACAAGCAGUGCAGCCGACUCCCCAAAGCACCUGCGAUUUAGUGGGCCCGGGGAGUAGACGACCCCCCUCUUCCAGAUGCUCUGAGUUCCCCUCAGCCCUGACCUUUGGCUGUGCCUGCCGGGACUGAAUUCCAAAUCACCUGGGGGGCUGCAAGCCCCUGAGCCCUCUCGGAGCCCUUACAAUGAGAAAGGCGGGAGGAGCACACCUCCCGAUUUGGACGUGUUUAUGGUUUCUCCUCGUUUAAAAAAAUAAAGUUGCAAAACGUUCGACUUCAUCGCUGGGAGCCGUUUGCUCUCGACAUAGCCAGGAGAGAGUGCAGGUGUGUCCACACAUGCAAAUGAAGCAAGGAUAACCCACUGAGCGUCUUGAAACUGACCGGACGGCCACGGGCUGGCCUCUUUCCCUGCCCGGUUGCCCUCCGGGUGGGCUAGCCCACAGCCCCCGGGGCCAUGGUCCGACCCCUCUGGCGGGGCCAGGUUGGGGCACCCGAGAAGGCCCUGUGCUGUACGGACUGAACCAAAAGCUCUCUCGGGGGGUGGAGAAAUGACUGGCCCUCCUGGAUGCAGGAUCAGCUGCGCAAGCCGGCCGCUCCGGACAAGGCCGUUCCGUAGACCGCAUAUCCUUUUGUGCCUUUUCGGGAAAGGGACAGGGACUGUUUGUGAUGGUCCAAGCAUUGACACCCGUGCUCAGCGCCUCCGUUCUUUUCCAACCCUGCGUCUCGCAAGGUCCGUUUGCUUCCAUUCAAAUUCACUCUUCGGUGGGGAAUACUUGAACCUGACUGUGGCUUUUUAUUUUGAUGUUUCAGAUUGGUAGGAUGUUAAUAAGCAGGCUUCUUUGGACCAUCGCUCUUUUGGAGUUCUCAAGCUUAGCCUAAUUAGAUAAUGCCCCCCUCUCUUCGUUAGCCAGAUGUCCGCUCAUUUCUUGUGUAUACUUUAAUUUAUUACAGAUAGAUUUGGGACAUUGAUUCUUUGAACUGCAACCCUAGUUUGAGAAUGAGGAACAGCCAAUUAAGAAUGUAUAUGUAUAUAUUUCUCUCACACUUUAUUGCUGAUAACGAGGAUUCUCCUGGCGUGCAUAGUGUACGAAGCAAUCCACUCUCAUGAGAGCCUUUUGUUGGGAUGGGGCUGCUGACCAGUUUGCAUUUACUCCAAAUCUGUCGCUAACAUUCUGGAUCGUGGGGAGUUAAAUCUCGUGAUCUGAAUGCGCUGGUUGUGAUUAUUUCAAAAUACCAAAGGUUUGGGGUGAUUGUUUUUUUAAGCAGGAAAUAAACACCUUUCAAAUUUA